AUGAUGCAGGAAAUGAUGCAGAAGUUCUUAGACGGGAGGUAUGUUCACGCAACCGAGCACAUGGAUCUGGUAUCAAGAACCACUGAGAAGUCUCCCUUCUCAGAGUGGAUUCAGAACGAGCCCAAACCGCGGGACUUCGUAAUCCCUUCUCUUCCUGCAUUUAAUGGAAAGGGAGACCCGUUAAACCACCUAUUUCAAUUCCAGCAGAAGAUGGCCCUAGAAGCCAACAACGAAGCCAUACAAUGCAAGGUAUUUUCCAUGACUUUCUCUGGGCUGGCUCUGCUGUUGUUCAGGCAAUUGAAGCCUGGUUCCAUCAACAGGUUUGGAGACCUCCGACGAGUCUUUCUCCAACAGUUCAGUGCAAACCGUGAGGCACCAAGAACAAUGGAAGACCUCUAUCAGAUCGAGCAAGGGGAAAAUGAACAUCCAAAGUCGUACCUACAACGUUUCAUUGACCUCAUGCAUCAGAUCCACGAUGUCAACCCAGUUACCGCGGCCAAUCUCUUCGUCAAAAGCUUGCGGGUGGGAUCUCUCUUGCACGAAAAUCUCACCAUGACACCGCCUUAUGACAUGGCUGAGAUCCAGAUCCAUGUCGAGGGCCUCUUUAGAGUCCUAGAAUUUCAGGAGCGUGCGCAGAAGAAAUCUGCACUUAUCUCCGCUCCACCGGCAAAUAAUCCUCCUCCCCCGCCUGCGAGGGAUGACAAGCGGAAGAGGCAACAAACGGACCACGCAAAGGAAGGGAAGAGGCCAAGACAGAAUCGAGAGUCACCACGAGACCCCUCCUUCAAAUACACUGUCCCACAGGAAGUCAUCUAUGAAGAGAAUAAAGACAGACCCAUCUGGCGUGAGCCCUACAAGAUUACCACUCCUCCUGACAGAAGAGAUAAAAAUAGAUACUGCCUCUUCCACAAAGAUCACGGCCAUACAGUCGCUGAAUUCCACAACCUCCAAAAUCAGAUCCAGGCCCUCAUGAGAAGUGGACGGCUAACCCAGUACAUUAAAGAGGCAGGCAGACCCGGCACCUCACAGCCUAACCCCGCUUCUGCCCCAACACCCCACGCAGCCGACCUCAUGCGUACGACCUCUACAAACUCACAAGAACCUCUCAAGCAAGUCCCCAUGAUACACGGGAUAGUGGAGCUCACUGAGGAACAAGAGCAUGCAACCAAAAUUCACAAAAGGAUGGAGGAACGGGUGAAGCGAUAUAGAUCGUUGUGCCACACAGUCAAUCUUGUCACUUCGGAAGACAAAUGUUAUCCAGCCUCUGCUAUCACCUUCACCGAAGACGACUUACAGGGAGUGCACCUACCCCAUGACGAUCCUCUCAUCAUCUCGCUACAGGUCGACCAUUGCCAGUUGGGUAGAGUUUUAGUCGAUGGGGGCAGUGGGGUUGACAUUCUUUUCUGGGAAGCCUACCAAAAGAUGGGGCUAGAGGAAAAUCAGAUCCGGACCUCCACUACACCCAUUUUGGGAUUUAACAUCCAGAGGGUAUACCCGAAGGGCGUUGUACGAUUAACCAUGGUAGCCGCAGAACGUACCUUGCCUGUAGACUUCCUCAUAAUAGACUCCAUCACAAGCUACAACGCCAUCAUGGGGAGAAAUUGGAUCCACAGAAUACAGGGGGUGGUCUCAACUUUACAUUAG